UUCAUAUCUCGAGUCGGAUGGCUAGCUAGCUUCUCCCAAGUCGAGUCCAACUCUACAUGUCAAGCCGGCCGGCUAGCUGCUGCGCCAGGUACUACUAUAAUUAUACAACUAUGACCUACUUUGUCCGUCAUCAGGCAGGGCAAUAAUUGGGAUCUUGCCGUAAUCCUCAAAACAAGACGCUCUGCAAUGGCGUCGGUCGUUCAGACCGAGAGGCUUCACACCAACGGCGACAGCAGCAGCGCUCCUAUCGUCGACGAUGGCUUUCUCCCCACGGACGUGCUGCGCGACAUCCUGCUGCGCCUCCCCGCCAAGCCGCUCUGCCGGCUCCGCGCCGUCUGCCGGUCAUGGCGCUCCCUCCUCUCCGACUCGUGGUUCGCCGCCGCCCACGAGGCCCGUCAGCAACCGCUCAUCGCCGCGUACAAGUGGAAGCCGUUUGAUCAAGUGGAGGACUAUGUGGUCAAGCCACAGGACAUCCAAAUUCUGGACACCUCCGGCCACCUCGUGAGGCAGAUGUGUGUCGAGAAUUGCGUCCUGGACUAUCGUUCGUAUGAGAUCUGUACGAAUCUCGACCUACUGUGCGUGGAAGGGCGCGACGAGCGCCUCCGCGUGCUCGACCCAGCCACCGGCGGCGUUUCCCUCUUGCCCGACGUCGCCAUCGUCAAUCAUGUCCCAUACGAAUACGCGUCCUACUACACCACGUACGCGGUAGGCCGGGACAUCUCGACGGGAGAAACCAAAGUGCUGGCCAUCACCCGAGAGGAGGCGUACCGCGUCCGCGCCAGAACUUUCUGCUCUGUGCUUACCCUCGGCGACGCCGAUGGGUGGAGGGAGACUGGUUACCCCCCGACCACCGCCGUUCACGCAAGCUCUGGGAUUACGGCCCUCGUCAAAGGGGUCUUCUACUUCCUGGUCGUCCAAGAAAUCGCGGCGUACGACUUCGGGAAGGAGAAGUGGCGGCCGGAUCUUCUGCACCUCCCGCUGCCAAUCGAGGGGCAGCAUUUCUUGGCUGAGCUAAGUGACACCUUGGUUGCAUCCUACCACCGUAGCGACACCUCCAUGGAUUUGUGGUUCCUCACAGACUCCGACAAGGUUAUCUGGUCGAAGCAAUACACGAUCAACAUGCCGCCAUAUCAAGCUUCCUCGAGCACGCGUGGCGGAACUACCGUCCGCCCCUUGUGGUCGCUGGAUGAUGGCAGGAUUGCUUUCUUAGUCUGGCAGUCCUAUGAUGGAAAGACAGUUGAGUUCAUACGGGUGUAUGAUCCGACAACACACGCUUACAUUGAUGGGGAUGAGAUGCCAACCGACUACUCAUUUCACGCUGUGUACAAAGGAAGCUUACUUACAUCUUCUCUAGAUAAGAAAUUAAGCAUGUACCCGACUACCAUUUGACCGGCCAGGAUACAUUUAAGGUUGUUACCGUUUUUCUAAGCAGAUUUAUAGUUAGCUGACCCGCGUCUUGCAAUCAAAAUGUAAGAU